AAUCAAUCAUUCAUUCCCCUCCAGAUGCGAUAAUUAGACCAGAAUCAACCUCAACUUUAUUGUAGAGAGCCAUAACACACCUCACGCGGCCGUUUAACUUCCACGGUGACACAUUGAACACACAAUGGGAUGGUUAUGGGGUAGCAGCGAGAGCUCCGAAACCAAGGACAAGCUCGAUCCCUCUCUCCGCGACUUUCUCGAAUCCGAAGCACCUACAGGACCCAAGCCUGCCCUGCCCUCCCGGCCGAAACCGAAGUCCGAGGAGGUCGCUAAAACCUCACCAAAAGAGAAAUCCGUUGACUCUGAGCGACCCGUCGUGCCACCCGAAUCGCAGUUUCAGGACGGAAGAUAUGCCCAUCUAUGGAAGAGUUAUACUCCCCAGCAAACCCUGCUGGAUCAGAGCAAAGGGGAACAGGAAAAGUUGAAGGAUAUUGUCGACGCCUAUAAUGACAGAAGGGCGGAAAUUGGCCGCGUUGCGAUGGAAAACUGUGCGUUGGAGUAUAUGGAACAGUUCCAAUGUAUGAAAAAUCCCAGCUUCAAGCAGGCGAUAACAGUCUGCCGGGAGGAGACCAGGAAGUUCAAUCGGUGCUACGACUUGCAAGCUAAAUUCUUGAAAGCUUUGGGCUUUCUGAGCAUGGAGAAGAGAAGCGCUGAGGAGGACGAGAAGAUACAAAUGCACGCUGACAAGCUUUAUCAGCAACUGAUGGAGCAAGAAGCACUGAUCGCCAAGGCAAAAGAAGAGGGACAGCCUAUACCCCAGUUUGAGAGCGUCCUAUCAAAACGAAACAUUGCACAAGCCAUGGGUGGAAAGCCUCUAGGCUCUCCGCAACAGGGGUUAACGAACAGCCAAGACAUGGACGAGGACAAUGAAGUAUGGAGCCAGAUAAAACCAGAAAGACGGGCGGAGUACGAACAGAAGCUGGCAGAACUUCCGGAAGAAGACCGAGAGUUCGAACGCAAGGCGCUCCUCGCCGAGUUGCGUGCGCAGACCGGGAUGGCGAAGAAGGUGGAGGCGGCUUUCGUAGAAGAGCGCAUAAACCGGCUAAAGCGUAGAGAGGCCGGUCAAUCCACUGUUGGGGAUGUCAUAAAACGUCUCUGGGGUUGGGACUGAAGGGAUCAAGACGGCUGUAGGAUGCGAGUUGUAAUUCUAUGUAAGACUAUCUGAGACCUCUUACUCUGGAAAUCAUGGUAAUGUUAUGGGUUGUGUCUAUCCAUGGGUCUAAGUCUCAGUUUUGGGCCCUCGACCGAUAAGCGGCAGUCCAAGAUUUGCGCAAUGUCCGUCUCCUCUAUACUGAAUCGAGGAGUGCUGAAUUCCUCGGGAGUCAGUUCCGCCUUCGGCUACCAGACGCGAGAAACCCGUAUUGAGCGCACGAGUGUGGACUGUCUUCUACCUGGGCACCGGACUCUCCGGACAUUUCGAGCAUUCACCGCUGCAUAGCCUGACACCUCGUUGCA